AAUCUGUAAAAAUCAAACAACAAACAGAAAUUGAAGAGUAAAAGAUAUUACUCCAAAUCUUUCUCAUCUCUCUCUCUCUGGAAUACACACGCCCUUUUUUAUGGGUAAAUUUAAGAAAGCAAUCAAGAAACUUUGGAGGUGUGCGUCAGGGACUUCGGAAGCUUGUGGAGUUGGAGUCAUGUCACCUAUAGGUUGUCGUUGGUAUAUUCAAGAUAAUCACGUGGUUCUAGAUAAUGGCAUACUGCGAGUCACAUUAUCGAACCCGGAUGGGAUUGUAACGGGUGUGUGUUAUAACGGCAUUGACAAUAUGCUUGAAGUUCUCAACGAUGAGAGUAACCGAGGGUACUGGGAUGUCGUAUGGAAUGCACUAGAUGGAAGCCGGGCAGGAGUCUUUGAAGUGAUCAAAGCCACGACUUUUAACGUUAUUAAGGACAGCGAGGAGCAAGUAGAAGUGUCUUUUUCAAGGCCAUGGGAUCCCUCUAUGCAAGGGAAGCUUAUUCCAUUAAACAUAGAUAAAAGGUUUGUUCUGUUACGGGGCUCCUCAGGAUUCUACACCUAUGCGAUAUACGAGCAUGUUGGUUCACCUGAAUGGCCUGCUUUUAGCCUUGGAGAAACCAGGAUUGCAUUCAAACUUCGAAAAGAAAAGUUUCAUUACAUGGCUAUAGCAGAUAACAGGCGCAGAUUCAUGCCCCUGCCAGAUGACCGACUACCCAACAGAGGCCAGCCUCUCGCCUAUCCAGAGGCGGUCCUACUGACUAAUCCCGUUGAGCCCGAACUUAAAGGAGAAGUCGAUGACAAGUAUCAGUACUCGUGUGACAACAAGGAUCUGAAGGUCCAUGGCUGGAUCUCCAUGGAUCCUCCUGCCGGAUUUUGGCAAAUAACACCUAGUGAUGAGUUCCGCUCAGGCGGACCCCUCAAACAAAAUCUAACCUCUCACGUGGGACCGACAACACUGGCUGUUUUUAUUAGCGGUCACUAUGCUGGGGACGAUCUGAAUCCAAAGUUCGGUCAGGGAGAGCCGUGGAAGAAAGUAUUCGGCCCUGUUUUCAUAUACGUUAACUCCGUGAUGGAUGGACAAGAUCCACUUACACUGUGGGAUGAUGCCAAGAGACAGAUGUCAGUCGAAGUCCAAAGCUGGCCUUACAACUUUCCGGCAUCAGAAGAUUUCGAAAAGGCAGACCAGAGGGGUAGUGUCAGCGGUAAACUAUUCGUUGCAGACAGGUAUGUCAGUAGUGAUAAUAUUCCAGCAAAUGGUGCUUAUGUGGGAUUAGCACCACCAGGAGAUGCUGGAUCAUGGCAGAGAGAGUGCAAGGACUACCAAUUUUGGGUAAGGGCAGACGAGACGGGUUAUUUUUCCAUCAACAAUGUCCGGACCGGGAACUACAAUCUUUAUGCAUGGGUCCCCGGCUUCAUCGGAGACUAUAAGAAUGAAGCUCCCAUUACCAUUACAUCAGGUGGUCAGAUCGACGUGGGAGAGAUAGUAUAUCAGCCUCCUAGAGAUGGUCCGACCCUCUGGGAAAUCGGGAUCCCUGACCGUACUGCUGCAGAGUUUUACGCCCCGGAUCCUGAUCCCAAAUAUGUCAACCGGCUCUUCAUCAACCAUCCAGACAGGUUCAGGCAGUACGGACUCUGGGACAGGUACUCGGAGCUGUAUCCAAAUGAAGACUUGGUUUACACGGUUGGCAAGAGCGACUACACGAAAGAUUGGUUCUAUGCACAAGUUAACAGGAAAAAGCCAGACAACUCGUAUCAGGGGACAACGUGGCAGAUCAGGUUCGUGCUAGACACUGUCAUUCCAAACGGAAUCUACAAACUGCGCGUGGCGAUUGCAUCUGCAUCCUUAGCUGAGCUACAGGUUCGAGUGAACAACCCAAAGGCGAACAGACCGUUGUUUUCAAGUGGGCUGAUCGGGAGGGACAACUCGAUUGCUAGGCACGGAAUCCACGGGCUGUAUUGGCUGUACAGUGUGGACAUACAAAGUAGUGCACUUGUGCAAGGUGACAACACCAUAUUUUUCACUCAACCAAGAAAUCAAAGCCCUUUCCAAGGCCUUAUGUAUGAUUACAUUCGACUUGAAGCUCCUCCACAAUAAGGCGUAUAGGUUUUCGUAUUUUUUUCCGAUGUGUAAAUGUUGAUGAUGCACUCGAAUAUUUCAUCAUAUAUACUACUCUGUCCGUCUCUACAUUAUUAUCUCUCUUACUUUA